ACACACACACACUCUCAGAGAUAGUGUGUGAUUCAGCCCGCCAGUCAUCGUGAGUGUGUGAGCCAUGUUGGAUGUGAAUGAGGAGAGAUGCUGCCGCCGCCGCCGCGCCGAUCCUAACGCUCACGCCUCCAGCUCCACGGACCACAGCGGGUAGAUGCCAACUCACCAGGACGGCAGAGAGACGGGGGAGCCUGGGGAGCUUGGGGGAAGGUGUCGGGUGGUGCUGGCGGUCCAGGAACUGGCCACCUAGCCGGACCGGAACGAGGGGGCAGAGAAGUAAGGUGGAGAAGGGGAAGUGAAAACGCACUCUGGAGAGAAAGGUGAAGGAUAGUCUGAGGUGGAGAAGGGAGAGGAGAGAUACGGAGAAAGGAAGAGACUAAAUGGCUGCACCUAUCACGGGCUUCACCCCGCUCCUGCUCUCAUCUCUGGCGCUCCACCUGCUUCUCCUCGGUCCUUUGUUAGCCCUCACUCCGGUGAGUACAGGAGGGGCUCCCAGCAGAUGGACCCCUGCCCUCUGCGAUCGAGACGCCGGUGAAGUAAACCACCACCGCCAGCAGCAUCAGUGUAAGGAAGCAGGCGGAGUACCGAGGGGGAGCUGGGACACCCACUGGAGCAGGUGGACUGUAGUGCGGGGACACACGGGAUGCACCGGAGCGCAGCGCAAAGGAUGGAUUUUGGGAACAGAUCAAGUGGAUGUGAGGAGACUGAGAGGAUUGCAGCACCCUCGGGCUUCUUUAUCACCACCUUUUCAUCUUUUGCUCUCCUGCACUACGAGCAUCUUUAACUCCGAUGGCGUCGGCGCGCAUGAGGGUGUGGAUAGGGGCGGGAUGGGGAGAAAGGGCGUUGUUUCCCCUCCCGCUUCACCUGCUUUCACCUCUUUGCCGGCUCAAAACGGCAAGAAAAAGGCAAUACAAAGGACUAAAAAAAGCGUGCAAAAGUGGUGGUCGGCGAAGAGGCCACACCUCGCCAAACGUGAUGCUGACAGAGUCUUUGUGCACGGACCGCUGAGCUCACCCGGAAGUGGCGACAGGAGAGGAAAGGUGAGCAGAGGGGCUCCCGAGGUGAAGAGGCUCUCUGCUCCAUGGCACGUCCACUGUCUAAUCCCUAACAAGCAAUUCAUCCUUCCAGCCAACACGCCUUCACUUGGCUCCUUUCCAGCCGCUCCCUCCUGGUGCAAUCAUCCUAUUUCUGGAUGCAGUUUACCUCAUACUGACGCUCAUGAUAACAGGCAAGGUUACCUAGUUUGCAACAUUUUGGACUGUAUCAGACUAACAAAACUGGAAGACAUCAGUCAGUUAUCGGCUUUUAUUUCCUGCAGCAACAGCUGGAUUUAUAAAACCAAGCAGCAACCAGUUGACCAGGACAGCAGCAACAAGAGGAUUUGGGAUUCACGUGGGUGCUCAGCUUGUGUGGACAGGAGGGCAGAUAAUUGUUCUUCUUCGGGAAGGUACAAUGUUACCAAUCUAAACAGCAGCAGAGAGAGGGGUGAUAAUGGAAGUGUGUCUGGGUGCAGAGGGGCUUUCCUCCGUAAUUCCUUUUUUUGCUGUGAGAUUGCCAAACCUAAGCAUGCCAGAAUCACUGAUGAAGGGAGGGGUGAUGGUAGUGAUGUAAAUGAUUUCAGAAGAGGAGGGGUCGACCACGCCAACAAAUACGUUAACUUGUCUAAUUACCUGGAUAAUGAUUUCGUUUUUUCGUUUGUGACGCGGGGGAAAUUACUGCCUGCAACCAUGCAGCAGAGCAGUCAAACCCAGGGAGAGAGGAAGGAGGUUGUUGGUGAUUGCUUUAGCUGUUUGGUCCGAAAAGAAAUGGGGGCUCCUCUCUUUAUGGCUCCCAAGGGAGGCCUGGCUCGGAUGGAUCUUCUCAUCCAAUUUGCACUCAACAGUGUCACAGAGAUGCUUGGCCGACAGGUUUUAUCCAACAAAAGAGCCAUUAUGCUGCUUGUUCAGACAGAUGCAGAUAAUAAUUCAAAGAGGAUAAAAUUUGCUGAAAAGCUUCACGUAUGUGUUGCAAAAAUUAAAGAAGCUCCAAGGGCUGAGCCUGUUAGUGACUCAGGCUUUUUCUUGCCUACCAAGUUUCCUGGUGCUGUGUCAGUUACAACUUACUCUGUUGCUGAAAAUCCCCAAUUUCUCCUUAAGGAGCCUAAUUACACAGCAGUCUCAUUUUUCUCCCAAAUUAAUCUGACCACACAGCAGGAUAAGCCCCAGCCUGACUCCCCUAAUGCAAAAGGGGUGGUUUCAGAACCAACAGCUUUGCAUGCAUUUUUGUGGAGCAGAUAUAACACUAACAGCAAUAACAACAAUGAAAAGAAAGAGACCAGCAAGAGUAAAGGGUUUGGUCAUCAGUCUGAUUUGGAAAAAUCAUCUUGGCACAGGGACAUGCAACAAGCAGAUCUCGGGUGUGUUGAAAGCUUUUCUAGUGACUGCUCUGUCACUGAGCAAGGUGGAGGCACACUUAUGCAAUUAAAAUCCAGUAAUCAAGAGCCAUUAGAGCCCGGAGGUGUCAGACAGUCACACAAGCCACAGAUGGGGAAUGGAGAAGAAAGGCAGAGGGGUUCUGAAAAGGAGGGAGAAGGCUUGGAGGGGUCUGCUGCUGUGGCUGCUGCUGCUUGGGGAGGAAAAUUACAGGUGGGGGAGGGCGACCCACGUCCGAUGGGUGGAAGGGAACCACGUGCUGAAGAGGAGGAGUGGGAGAAAGAGGGGGUAAAAAGAUUAACAAAGGCUAGCCAGAAAGAAAAAGAGGAAAAGGGAGGGAUGGGUCAGAAUAGGGGCAGCAGCACCUCAACCAUCACACAGUUUGAUCGCAAUAGAGGGAAGAGAGAAAGCCAAGCAGAUGAAAGCCAUCAGGAAAGUGAGGGGGGUGAGGUUGAGUCAGAGAAAAGACACACUUCAAGGGGAGAGAGGAGCCUGGAACGCCUGAUAAUAGUGGAAGAUGAUGAUACCUCUCAGGGAGAACAGGCGAGGAGGAUUUUGAUGCCAUGGUCUCGUUCCAGACGUGCAGCCAAUAGACACCCUCAUUUCUCUCUGUAUAACUACCAAGUACAGGUGGCAGAGAACCAGCCGCCAGGUACCUCUGUCAUAAUAAUGUCAGCCACAGACCCUGAUGCAGGAGAUGCCGGUAGGGUGAGCUACUCAAUGGGCCCACUGAUGAAUAGUCGAUCAUCUGACUUCUUUCACAUCCACCCAGACACAGGCCUUAUCACUAGCACUCAGAUUUUGGACAGAGAACAUAUGGAUCUGCAUUAUUUUCGGGUCACAGCAACUGAUCAUGGAUCCCCUCGGCUCUCUGGAACCACAAUGGUAGCCAUUUCAGUUUCAGACCGCAAUGAUCAUUCUCCUAUAUUUGAGCAGUCAGAAUACAGAGAGACAAUAAGGGAGAAUGUGGAAGAAGGUUAUCCAAUUUUACAAUUGAGAGCCACAGACUCAGACUCUCCAUCCAAUGCAAAUAUCCGUUACCGAUUUAUCGGUGAAUCUGCUGCAAUAGCACGAGCUGCCUUCGAGAUUGACCCACGUUCAGGACUCAUUACAACCCGUGGAUCUGUGGACAGGGAAACAAAUGAAGAUUACACACUUCAGGUAGAAGCAAGUGACCAGGGGAAGGAUCCAGGUCCACGCUUUUCCACUGUCAAGGUUUUCAUAACCGUACUGGAUGAAAAUGACAAUGUUCCACAGUUCAGUGAAAAACGAUAUGUGGUGGCAGUGAAAGAGGAUGUUCGGCCUCACUCAGAGAUCCUGCGUGUGAGUGCCACAGACAGAGAUAAGGAUAGCAAUGCUGCUGUUCACUAUAACAUUAUCAGUGGUAACAGCCGUGGACAGUUUUCCAUUGAUAGUGUAACAGGUGAAAUUCAGGUGGUAGCACCUCUGGACUAUGAGUCUGAGCGGGAGUAUACACUUCGUGUUCGUGCCCAGGACAAUGGCCGACCACCUCUCUCUAACAAUACUGGAAUUGUCAGUGUUCAGGUUACUGAUGUCAAUGAUAACCCUCCUAUCUUUGUAUCCACACCAUUCCAAACCUCUGUACUUGAGAGCGCCCCAGUUGGUAGUUCAAUCCUACAUGUUCAGGCUAUAGAUACAGAUUCAGGUGAUAAUGCCAGGCUGGAGUACAGGCUGACAGGGACUGGCUCUGACACACCCUUUGUUAUCAACUCUGCAACAGGCUGGAUCACUGUCAGCUCAAUGCUUGACAGGGAAUCUGUGGAACACUACGUCUUUGGUGUGGAAGCCAGAGAUUAUGGCAUGCCACCUCUUUCUGCUACAUCAAGUGUCACCAUCACAGUCAAGGAUGUUAAUGACAAUCGCCCUGAGUUUCUCCAAAAGGAGUACUAUGCCCGCCUGAAUGAAGAUGCAGCCGUUGGUACUACUGUAGUUCUUGUUACGGCUGUGGAUAGAGAUGUAAACAGUGCAGUGACCUAUCAAAUUACAGGGGGAAACACCAGAAACCGCUUCGCUAUCAGUACAGCAUCAGGAGGAGGGCUUCUCUCCUUAGCUCUUCCACUUGAUUAUAAGCAGGAGCGGCGUUAUGUUCUAACGGUAACUGCAUCAGACCGCACCCUCUAUGACACCUGCCAGGUGCACAUAAACAUUACUGAUGCCAACACUCAUCGACCUGUUUUUCAGAGCGCCCAUUAUUCUGUUAGUGUAAAUGAAGACAGGCCACCAGGAAGCACAGUGGUUGUCAUUAGCGCCACAGAUGAUGAUGUUGGAGAAAAUGCUCGGAUAACAUACUUUCUUGAAGACAACAUCCCCCAAUUCCGCAUUGAUCCAGCCACAGGAGCAAUUACACUUCAGGCAGAGCUUGAUUAUGAGGACCAAAUGACCUACACUUUAGCUAUAACAGCAAAAGACAAUGGUAUACCACAGAAAUCGGACACAACAUAUGUUGAGGUGAAUGUGAAUGAUGUAAAUGACAAUGCACCACAGUUCCACAGCCCUAGAUAUCAAGGGACAGUGACUGAAGAUGCUCCUCCCUUCACUAGCGUUCUACAGAUCUCGGCCACUGACCGUGACGCACAUGCUAAUGGCCGUGUUCAGUACACUUUCCAAAAUGGUGAGGAUGGAGAUGGAGAUUUCACCAUCGAACCCACAUCUGGCAUCGUACGAACUGUUCGCCGUUUGGAUCGAGAGAGUGUUCCAUUCUAUGAGCUUACAGCCUAUGCAGUAGAUCGUGGGGUGCCCCCUCAACGAACCCCUGUCCACAUCCAGGUGACAGUUCUUGAUGUAAAUGACAAUGCUCCUGUCUUCCCUGCUGAUGACUUUGAAGUUUUGGUUAAGGAAAACAGUGCUGUUGGAUCUGUGGUAGCCCAGAUCACCGCCACUGACCCUGAUGAGGGUUCCAAUGCGCAGAUCAUGUACCAAAUUGUUGAGGGCAAUAUCCCUGAGAUCUUUCAAAUGGACAUUUUUUCAGGAGAACUCACCUCCCUCAUUGAUCUUGACUAUGAGGCUCGAAAUGAGUAUGUAAUUGUAGUCCAAGCCACAUCAGCACCUCUAGUUAGCAGGGCUACCGUCAGAAUCCGCUUGGUGGACCAGAAUGACAACCGGCCAACCCUACAGGACUUUCAAAUAAUUUUCAACAACUUUGUGUCCAACCGGUCCAAUAGUUUUCCCAGCGGGGUGAUUGGCAGGGUACCGGCCCAUGACCCUGAUGUGUCCGACAGGCUGUACUACACCACUGACAGAGGCAAUGAGCUUCACCUUCUGCUUCUGAAUCACACCAGCGGAGAGAUCCGACUGAGCCGAAAACUGGAUAACAACAGGCCCCUGGUUGCUCCCAUGCUGAUCACUGUCACAGAUGGCGUCCACAGCAUCUCAGCCCAGUGUGUUCUACGUGUCCUCAUCAUCACAGAGGACAUGCUGGGCAGUAGUGUCACCGUCCGUCUUCAGAAUAUGUCUCAGGAGCACUUCCUCUCACCGCUGUUGGGCAACUUCCUGGAGGGCGUGUCUGCGGUGCUCUCGGUGCCAGUGGAGGACGUUUUCAUCUUCAACAUCCAGCCAGACUUGGACACAGCACCGGGACGCAUCCUGAAUGUCAGCUUCUCUGCCGCAUUGCCAGGCGGCCAUUUCUUCCCCUCGGAGGCUCUGGAGGAGCAGCUGUAUUUGAAUCGGCCCAGGCUGACAUCACUGACGCAGAUGGAGGUUCUCCCAUUUGAUGAUAAUGUGUGUUUGAGAGAGCCCUGUCAGAACUACAUGAAGUGCAUCUCAGUUCUGCGCUUUAACAGCUCUGCCCCCUUCAUCUCCUCGCCCUCCAUCUUGUUCCGGCCAAUCCAUCCUAUCGCUGGUUUGCGGUGCCGGUGCCCGGUGGGCUUUACGGGCGAUUACUGUGAGACAGAGAUCAACCUGUGCUACUCUAACCCCUGCCUGAACGGCGGAGUGUGUGCCCGCAGAGAAGGAGGCUAUACCUGUAUCUGCCGUGAAGACUACACCGGUGACCGAUGUGAGUUUGACCGGAGGCAGGGUCACUGUGUACCCGGCGUCUGUCGCAAUGGAGGAACAUGCCAGGAGCUUUCUGGCGGAGGUUUCCGUUGCAAGUGUCCCCCAGGAGCCUAUGAGCACCCUUACUGCACCGUCACCGCCCGAUCCUUCCCGCCAAAAUCCUUUGCUAUGUUUAGGGGCCUCAGGCAGAGAUUCCACCUCUCCAUCUCACUAAGUUUUGCUACCCUUGAGAAAAGCGGUCUUCUUUUCUACAACGGACGCUUCAAUGAGAAGCACGAUUUCAUUGCUUUGGAGCUUCAAGAUGGACAACUGGUCUUCAAAUAUUCCACAGGUGAAUCGUCCACUCAGGUGAGCCCCUUCUUACUUGGUGGCGUGAGCGAUGGAAACUGGCAUACGGUUCACAUCCAUUACUACAACAAGCCAGCUACACGCUAUCCCAGACGCAGUUUGAUCGGAGAAGCCCAAGGUCCAUCGGACGAGAAGAUAGCCGUGGUGAGCGUCGAUGAUUGUGACACAGCUCUCUCGCUUCGCUUUGGUUCACAGCUUGGAAAUUAUAGCUGUGCUGCACAGGGCAAACAAACCAGCAGCAAGAAGUCUCUGGAUCUGACUGGCCCUUUAUUUCUGGGGGGAGUCCCUAAUGUGCCUGACAACUUUCCCUUUGGCAGCAGGGAGUUUAUCGGUUGCAUGAAAGACCUGCACAUUGACAACAAAGCACUGGAUCUGGCUGGAUUUAUUGCCAACAAUGGGACACUUUCUGGUUGCAGUGCCAAACACCCAUUCUGUAAGUCUAACCCAUGUCAAAAUGGGGGUACCUGCAGGGUAAGCUGGGAGACCUUCUCCUGUGAUUGUCCUCUAGGAUAUGGAGGAAAAGAUUGCAGCCAUACCAUGCCACACCCACAUCGGUUUCUUGGGAACAGUGCCCUUAUGUGGGACCUGAAGAAUGACGUGACCAUCUCCACCCCCUGGUACCUGGGCUUGGUGUUCAGAACCAGAGCGAGAGAGGGGACGCUGCUGAAGGCCCAGGCUGGUCAGUACACCAGUCUGCUGUUCCAGGUGAUAAACGGUCAACUGGUUUUUUCAAUAACCCAUGGCUCCACCAGACCAGUACGCUUGCGUUUGGAUCAGGUUCAAGUGGCAGAUGGCCGUUGGCACGAUCUCCAGCUGGAGCUGCGAGACGUCCACAGCGGCCGUGAGACGCGCUAUGUUGCCACGCUGCGCCUCGACUUUGGGCUCUAUCAGGGAACAGUGAUCGUGGGAAAUGAGAUUCAUGGCUUGAAGGUGAAACAUCUCCACGUUGGAGGAGUGCUGGGCUCUGGCGAGGUCCAGAGCGGGAUUAAAGGAUGCAUACAGGGAGUUCGUCUGGGCAUGAGGCCAGAUGCCCCUGCACUCCCGCGUCCAUCCAAAGCCAUCAAAGUAGAGACUGGCUGUAACGUUGGAAAUCCCUGUGUUUCAUCCCCUUGUCCAGCUCACAGCCGCUGCUCUGACGUCUGGGAGCGCCACACCUGUAUAUGUGAACCUGGGUACUAUGGGAAAAGCUGCACUGAUGCCUGUCACCUGAGUCCAUGUGAAAACGAGGCUCAGUGCCACCGCAAGCCCAGCUCUUCCCAUGGAUACAUUUGUGACUGUGGAGACAAUCACUAUGGGCAGUACUGCCAGCACAGGAUUGACCACCACUGCCCUCGGGGUUGGUGGGGAUCUCCCACCUGUGGACCGUGUCACUGUGAUGUAAAUAAAGGCUUUGACCCUGACUGCAACAAGACGAGUGGACACUGUCACUGCAAGGAGUUUCACUAUCGCAAUAGAGUCUCUGACACCUGCCUCCCAUGCGACUGUUACCCGGUGGGCUCCUUUUCACGAUCGUGUGACCCUGAGACGGGCCAGUGUCAGUGCAGACCUGGCGUGAUCGGCCGCCAGUGCAACAUGUGUGACAACCCCUUUGCUGAAGUCACUAAUUCAGGAUGUGAAGUUAUCUAUGAUGGCUGUCCAAAGACCAUCACUCAGGGGAUCUGGUGGCCUCGAACCAAGUUUAACCUUCCUGCCGCUGUGCCCUGCCCCAAAGGCUCUGUAGGUGCAGCAAUCCGGCACUGUGAUGUGGAGAGAGGGUGGCUGGAUCCAGACCUUUAUAACUGCACCUCGCCUCCAUUUGUCGAACUCAACAUCGCUCUUGAUUCCCUGGAGCGUAAUGAGACGGAGCUGAACACCAUCAUGGAGAAAAAGCUAGCUCACCAGCUCAGGGACGUUACCGAGGCUACCAGCCGCCUCUAUGGCAAUGACCUGCAGAUUGCUGAGCGACUCCUCUCCCGCCUCCUGACGUUUGAGACCCAACAGAGCGGCUUUGGCCUCACCGCCACUCAGGACGCACACUUCAAUGAGAACAUCCUGAGAGGUUGCAGCGUGCUGUUGGGCCCCGGUACAUCAGGACUUUGGCGGGCUCUUGCUCAGAGUCAGAAUCACAUUCUCGGUGGUGGUCCAGCUGAAUUGACGGAGCUGCUGGAACAGUACUCCAAGAACCUGGCCCAGAACAUGAAACUUACCUACCUCAACCCUGUGGCCUUGGUCUCACCCAACAUAGUUAUGAACCUGGACCGCGUGGAAAACCACACCCACGUCCGGCGGCGCUUCCCACGUUAUCACAACACCUUGUUCCGUGGUCAAGCUGUAUGGGACCCUUACACACACGUGAUACUACCACCUGCUGCCCUGGUGCCACAACGACAGCAACACAGCAGAAAGGACAAAGAGCGUUUAGAGAAAGAACCCUCGCCCCCUCAGAGUGCCGCCUCGGCCCCUGCUAGCAUUUCAGCCAAUCAAACGAAGGAAUACACUGCGGCUAGGCGCAGUGCUUUAGUGACUGACCCACCCAUCACCAUCGUCAUCUUGCUGAUCUAUCGCAGCCUUGGGGCUGCUUUGCCUCCAAAGUACCACGCAGACCGGAGAGGAGUGAGGCUUCCCAGACACCCGGUUAUGAACUCCCCGGUGGUCACCAUCUCUGUCUACAACAACCAGACGUUUGUCGGCGGUCACUUGGACCAGCCCAUACUCCUGGAGUUUAAACUGCUGGAGACAGCCAAUCGCAGCAAGCCUCUUUGUGUGCAGUGGAACCACAGCAGUCCACAUGAGAGCGGCGGCUGCUGGACAGUGAGGGACUGUAUAGUGGUGUACAGGAAUACUUCUCAUGUCCGCUGUCAGUGCCAGAGACUGGGCACCUUCGGGGUGCUGAUGGACAGCUCCCAUAGAGAGCAGUUAGAGGGGGAUCUGGAGACUCUGGCGCUGGUGACUUACUCCUCCUUGUGUGUCUCCAUGCUGGCCCUUCUCCUCACUGUCCUGGCGCUGUCUUGCCUCCGUGGCCUAAAGUCCAACACUAGGAGCAUCCACUCGAACAUAGCGGCGGCCAUGUUUUUGUCAGAGCUGGUGUACCUGCUCGGGGUCAAUCAGACCGAACAACAGUUCUUGUGCACCGUCGUCGCCAUCCUCCUGCAUUACUUCUUCAUGUCUACAUUUGCUUGGAUGUUCGUCGAGGGUCUUCAUAUCUACCGAAUGCAGACCGAGCAGCGCAAUAUCAACUAUGGAGCCAUGAGGUUCUAUUAUGCCAUCGGCUGGGGCGUGCCUGCCAUCAUCACAGGCCUGGCUGUCGGAUUGGAUCCGGAAGGUUACGGAAACCCAGAUUUCUGUUGGAUCUCCAUGUAUGACAAACUCAUCUGGAGCUUUGCUGGUCCUGUUGCUAUUGUUUUACUGAUGAAUGGAGGGAUUUUCACCAUUGUAGCCAAGAUGUCCUGUAACCCAUCUCAGAAGGAGACUAAGAAACUUUCCGUCAUUGCUACUAUCCGAAACGCCUUUUUGCUUUUGCUGGUUGCCACCUCCACCUGGCUGUGCGGUCUGAUGGCUGUAAAUAACAGCAUCCUCGCCUUCUACUACAUAUUUGAUGUUCUCUGCCUACUGCAGGGCCUCUCGGUGAUGCUGGUUUUCACUGUGUUGAACUCCGAAGUUCAGGAGGCCUGGAGAGUUGCCUGUUUAGGUAAGAAGAGCCCUGGAGAAGACCCACCGAGACCUCAACAGAACACUGCCCAGAAUCCCUACCAUAAUGCAUCCCUGUUGGAGCAGAGUGGGCUGCACCGCAUCACCCUGGGAACCUCCACCAUCUCCUCCGUCAGCUCGGCGAGAGAAAAUCUAUUGGCACGUCAGAAUCUGGAGCAAAACAUCGUCCACACAGGAGCGACCGACCUGGAUGUAGCCAUGUUCCACAGAGAUGGAGGUGGUGAUUCUGAUUCAGACUCAGAUCUCUCCAUGGAUGAAGAGCGAAGUCUCUCCAUCCCUUCCUCUGAGAGUGAUGACAAUGUCCGUCUGCGGGGGCGCAUCCAGAGGCGAUUCAAACGCUCCAAUCAUAGCGAGCGUCUCCUCACUGAACCCACCAACAAUGGCACCAAAGAUUUGGAUGGCAAUGAUCUUCUGUCCUACUGGCCUGCUCUGGAUGAAUGUGACACCUUGCAGAAGUGGGGCUCAGAGCGUCCCCUUGGAGGGGAUUACAACAAGGACGCCGCCAACAACAACCAGCUGGAUGCAGCACUCACCAGUGGGGAUGAGAACGGCCUUACCCAGCCACACAGACAUCGAAAGGGUAUCCUGAAGAACCGCCUUGGUUGUCAACCAGCACUCCAGGGUCUUUCCACCAUGGGCAGGGUGCCUAGUGAGCUCAACUGGUACCGGACCUCGACGCUCGGUCACCGAGGUGUUCCAGCGGCUUCCUAUGGCCGUAUGUACUCUGCCACAGCUGGUGCAACCGGAGGUUCCGGUUCUCUCUCCCAGCCAGCCUCAAGGUACUCCUCGAGGGAGCACCUGGACUCUCUUGCAAGGAGGCAACUGUCCCGGGAUCCCCUUGGAAGGCAGACCGUGGGGGGUUCAAGGGAGCGUCUGGACUCCCGGGGUUCCAGGGAUAACCUGGAUCUCCUGCCCAGGAGGAGAGAACUAGGCUUAGGACUCGGAGCAGGGCUCGUAGGCUUGGAUCACCAACGAGUCUCAUCAUCUAGGGAAAACUUGUCAGGAUCCAGGGACAGACUGGAUAACCAUCAUGGGACCAGCUUCCAUGCUUCAAGGGAGGAUUUGAGUGGAAAUGGAGGAGCUGUGGGAGCUGGAGUGGAAGGAUACCUAAGUGGGUCCAGGUCCCAGUUGAACUCUUUAUCUCGCCGACAAGCCUCGUCACGAGAGCACCUCGGAGGGCCACUCGUGAUCAGUAGGUCCAGAGAGCAAUUGGAGGCUAACGGGGUGGGAGCUCAGGCUCAGCCGUGUCGGGAGUGGCUUCGCAGUCUACCACCAAGGCAGCCCUCACACCCUGACCAGCCUCUAUCUGCUUCUCCUCCUCCCCCGAUCUCAGAGGAGCCACAACAAGAACAGCUACCUCCUCCAUCUCAUGUCAGAGGACGCCUGGACUCCGCACCUUCAUGUAGGUACCCAGGUCAGACUGUCCCCCAACUUGCAGGCCCAAAUCCAAACCCCCUGGUUCGACAGCCGUCCAGUGAACAGCUGGACAUAUUGUCCUCCAUCCUGGCAUCUUUUAAUUCCUCUGUCCUGACUCCUCCUGCUGCCUCUAACCCUGGUCCUAAUGGCUCUGUCCAUGGACCCUCGCCUUCCCCACCCCAGUCUACCACUUCUCACAGCAUAUCGGAAGUUUCCCCCGACUCAGAAGCCCACAGGAGUGAGGGGCAGUCUUGAUGACAGCCUCCACAUCUGUUAAUGCAUCUAUCUAAAGCAACAGUGUGGGGACAAAGUCAAAGGUCAAGGAUGGACCUGAACUGAAGGGGCAACCUGGAAAGUAGAAAACAAAUUGACUUAUUGGAGCCAAAAACAUGAGGAUCAACCAAGAAAAGGGUCAAACUAAAUGGACUUUGACAAAAGAGGACGUUUGUGAGCGGGAUGUUUUGUGUAAAUCAAGUUUUCAAGUCCCACUGCUCUCAGUCUAUGGAUCUAUGGACAACGAAUAAACUAUCUGAUUUAACUACCUAACAGUCAGACAAAAAGGGGGAAAAAAAAUCCUCAGAUGUUAAACUCACAUGAUGCGAUAAGACCUUUUAAAAAAGAAGAAAGAAGUUUCUGUACAUAGCCUUUUUAUACAUUUUUUAUCUUUUUCAUUGAAGGUAAAAAAAAUUAUCUUGUGAUGUUUCUUUUUUUUUAACGCUGUCAUGUCCGUGUGAGGUUGUGAAUGAGGUUGAAGUGAGCGCUGUUGUGUCGCUGAGGAGAGAUUUUCCUCUAUGAAGUAAAAAAGAAAAAAAAAAUCCUCCAACAUCUCCCCAGAAAUACAUUUUCCUGAGAAUUUUUUCCUCAGUCCUUUGAACUUCAUGUAAAGCGAGACGGCAUCCGGCAAUAGAGCAUCUGAUGAGAUUAUUGAAAGAUGUUGUUGAAGGGAUAAUAUCAAAGUAUCGAGAAGUGAUUGUAGACAGGGAAGAAUUAAAUAUAGGAGAAGAGAGUUGAUGGAGCAAGAUGAAUGUGCAAAGAAAGCUUGCUAACAACACAUUAGAUUCAAACCUGGUUUUAAACUAUUAAAGCUGCUGUAAUGGGAAGAUUGUGCUAUUUUGUGAUCUGAUGUAUGUAAUCGUGACCUUGUGUUCCAACUGGUGCUAUCUGAACCAGACCCUAUCAGUCCACUGAUGUAACAGGAACAUAUCAGAGCUGUAAACACCUGCUGGGUGAUGGUUGAUCUCGAUGUCUUCCUCUCUCCAUGAGGUGGGAUCCAGUAUCAACCAAUUUUAAGAACGCCUCCCCUCAAGGGUUCUUUACACUUUGAUGCAUCAUGACUCAACUUGCCUGAAGCGCCACCACAGGAGCAGCUGAAUCUUUCCAGCAGCAACCAGGAAACUCUUUGUAAGUGCUUCUCAUGCAGAAGGCUCUGGUGCAAAUCUAAGCCAAAGGGACAUAAAUCAGUUCAAAACAUUGUUUUACCCUUGAAAAUGCCUUCCACCGGGUGUCAUGGCUGUUAAAGUAAUCCCCCCUUUUUUUUUUUUACAGCUAUGAUUUCUUUCAUAUAUUUUGUCACAAAUAUAAACCAAAUGAAAUAUUUUUUUUGUUACUGAGGCCUUAGUUCUACACAAUAUAAACAGCUGUGGUUGGCAUUUUAUCUCACUGUGUACCCUUCAAACUGAUUUUGAUUCAGAAUGGCAGAAGAAGAAAAGAAUAACAAGAACAAUGCUGUUGAAUCCCAGUUUGCUCAAAUAUUUAUUGACGACAUGAAGGGAGAUGUGAAUCCUGUAUGCAGUGCAGGCAUCUACCUGAAUAUAUCAGCAUCUUUUACUACCAGACUCAGUCGAAAGGAAAUAUUCCAGAUAUGAGGCACUUUUUAUUUCAAAUCUGAACCUAAGUGUUUCCUUCUAAGACACUUUCAGACAGAUUUUCCAACCGUUUAGAGAACUAAUAGAGAUGAGGUGUUCUCUGAGUUCGGCUAAGCUUCACUGCCAUGUAUUAGCUGACAAAGGGAAGAUGAGAUGUCAGCACUAAAAGCAUCUGUUUUUUUUGUUUUUUUUUUUUUUGUUUUUUUUUUCGAUGUAGGUAUUUGAAUCUGCUCUUUUAAGCAGAGGCUGUCUCGUUUUAAAGAGAUAGUUCAGGAUUUUACAUGGCGAGGAUAUAUUAAAAGGUAGGAGCAGUAUAUAAGUUAGUAUAAAUCCAGGUGAUUUGUACCUGAAGGCUCAAAUUAACAAUCAAUAUUAAUUAAUAAAUCCCUACUCUGCAGUCAUGUUUUGUAUUUGGUGGAUACUUACACAGCGACUGCUGAAUGUUUUCACAGGAAAUGAAAUUGGAAGGUGGUGCGCCACCAAUGAUUUUGAGAAACAUGCAGAGAAUAGAAGAUAUGAAUUGUUUCUGUCACAUUAGGAACAGAGUAAAACAAAGCAGGGUAGAAAUUGUGAAAGAAAAACAUUUGAAAUUGGUUCAUUUUUUUUUGUAAAACUUGAAAACCUUUAACUGAUAUAUUAUAGAUAAUAAGAAAGUAGGGUUAGCAUUCACAGCUUUGACAUAAUUUAAAUUAAAUGAAUUUAAAACAGCAAAGGUUCCCUUUGAUCUUGAUCCGCCUCUUCAUAAUUGUGAGCUGCAGCCUCCAGAGCCAGCUUAUCUAAGUUUAUACAAAAUUAUAAUGAGCCUAAGAACCUUUCAUUUCUGAACUAUCUCUUUAGACAAACACCCAUUUAGAGCGAUGAAUGAAAAUAUGUUUUUUUUUUUUUUUUACAGAAAAGUUUCAUAAAUCUUGAGCCAUUUGACAGAAUGUUUUCUGAAUAGAAAAAAAACAAACAAGUGGGCUUAAAAUCCAACAGAGCAUACAUAUACGGCAGCAAAAUUGCAAAUCUAGACAUAUUAAGUGGGAGGAUAAAUUGGGUCAGAAACUAUGACUGUUGUAAAAUGCGUAGCAGCAGGAAGGAAGGCUUGGACAAACACUCAUCAUGUAGACAGAAAUGCAGAAAACAGAAGAGAAACAAAGAGUGGAAAUACUGAAGCAUUACAAGCAAGCACAUAUCUCCCUGCUCUGUCUGCAGCUAUGCCAGCCCCAUCUCCCCACAAAGUAAAAAAACCCGUUCCUGACGGUAUUAUUGCCAAAAAUGUUCCUGUAGGUGGAACGCCAUCUGUCAGUAAGGAGCAGAUAAGGAUUUCCCCCUAUCUGUUUUAUGUUUACAUAGAUUAUACUCACUUGAGAUUUUAUUUAAUUAUAAUUUAUAUACAUAUGAUUAAAUAUUUAUUUUGCCAUCUUUUUUAAUGAAAGUUUCUUUGUAAUCAUGAAUGUGUUCAUGAUUCUUUUUUCUUUUCUAUCCUAAUGUUUGUUUUUCUCCCAUGUAACUAUUAUUUGUUGUUAAUUAUGAUGCCUGAGCUGAAAAACACACAGAAAUGUGUUUUAAAAAAAGUCUAAACGAACAACAGCAAAUUCAAAUCUGAUACAAGGUAGAAAGAAGAACAGAAUUGAAAGAAUCUGCCAACCCCAACAGACUGCAUAUAAUAGUUCAUUUAUCCUCUUCAAAUUGCACACUUAUGAUAAAAUUGGCAUUUAUUAUAGCAGCUAUGCCUCAUAUUAAAGCUGAAAAAAAAUAGGUAAUUUGUCUGCUUUGACAUCCCAUAUACACAUAAGUAAAAAUAGAGCCUUAUAAAGCCAGAGAGGACAGGUUUGAGUCUAAAAUGUUGUCAUGUGUUUCAGAAAAGGAGAACAAGAUGGAAAGAAAGGCAGAAAAGGGUGGCGUGGCGAUGAGAGAUUGUAUUUGUUGGCUUGUUUGUUCAUUAUGAGAUGCCUUCUGUCCCUCCUUUGGGAUGGAAGCUGCUGUUCCCCUGUUUUUACAGAAACAAAAGAAAUGUUGGACAUAAAAAAAAAAACAGCUUAUUCCUAA